UGGAGGAGAAGAGGCCGAGAUAAGCCCAGACGCCAACAACUCUCACGGGGAAGCUCUUAUCCGCACGCAGCCUCCAGCAUGAAGGUCUCCGCGGGGCUGCUGUGCCUGCUGCUCACCGUGGCCGUGGCCCUGGCCGUCCUCAGCGCCGAGGUGGUCGCUCAGCCAGGUGCAAUCCUUACCACGUCCACCUGCUGCUUCACAUUGACCAACAAGAAGAUCCCUUUGCAGAAGCUCAGGAGCUACCAAGUCACCAGCAGCCAUUGCGCCCACAAAGCUGUCAUCUUCAAAACCAAGCUGGCCAAGCACAUCUGUGCCAACCCACAGGAGAAGUGGGUCCAGGACCAUAUGAAGCGCCUGGACCAAAAGUCUCACAGCUGGAGGAUGAGGGCUCCCCCGGCCACGCAGACACCACGCCAGAGUGUGGAACGUGAACAUGCAUUCUCCUCCAGCCCCCCCAGCACUCAUAGCACCGUCAUUUCCCAAUAGGGAGGCAGAGCUGUUUUGUCUUAAGUAAUGUUUAAUAUUAUUUGCAUUCUUGCUGGGUUGGGGUCUAUUUUGUAUAUUGGCCAUCUUUGUAUGUGUGUGUGUUUUAUUUUUUUAAUUGGGUUCAUUGGGGUGACAACAGUUAAUAAAAUUAUAUAAGUUUCAGGUGUA